GCAUACACCGCGAUGUUUAGCGACUGCUUUAUUGCUUGUUGGUAAACUAUGGCGUAGAUUGAAGUGAUCAUUAUUACAUGUACGAGAUAAUUGAGCAGCAGCUGGUUCGGGGGAAGUAUAUAAGGUGUAGAAUAAAGGACUGUAUGCAAGAUGUCGAAAAGUUUAUUUUUCGUACUGAUGUGUAGCUGCUUAUCAAUAUCAUCCUGUGGUACUUCAACAGAAACAACGAAAAACAAGCGUUAUGUUGACAACGAGGCAUCAAUAUUUAUUUGCAAUAAUGGAAUUAACAUUACCCAAUCAGAUGUAUGUGACGGAAAAAAUAACUGUGGCAAUUGGGACGAUGAGUGUUUGUUGUGCGAAGAAAUGGGAACUCUCUGUGAUCCAGUUCCAUGCGCCGUCUCCAAUCAAAGUGUGAGAAGACGACAAUUAUGCGAUGGGAUUUUUGACUGCCAUGACUUGUCGGAUGAGUGUUUGUGUGACAGGGAAACAAGUGAGAACGCUGCAACGCACGAGUUGUGUCAUUCACUACUAUUAGAAUCACAAAACUGCUCAUCUGGUUAUUUUCAAUGCAAAAAUAGAAUAGACGGAAAAAAAUCAUGCUUCCCAGGUAGCAUGAUUUGUGACGGGAAUCUAGACUGCAAUACUGAUCUAGACGAGCAUUAUUGCAAACGAGAAUCGAUGGUCAACGAAAACAAUUGUAAGAAAAAGGUAUAUCAAAUUGCUGACAAUGGAGUGGUUUGGAUGGCUUGUGAAUGUGACGGUGUUGUGGAACUACCUGAUGGAAGCGAUGAACGGAACUGUGAUCAUUACUUUUAUUGUACAAAUGAUAAUGAAAGUUUUCAACAAUUAUUUAUAGCUCACCAAGAUGUAUCGAAACGUGGAAACAACAACGUUUUCAUUGACUGGAGGAGGUCGUUCGAUGGAGUAGCUGAUUGUGACAAUUUAGCUGAUGAGUGGCAUGAACAUUUUUUCUAUUGUAAGGAAGACAGUUCAGAAUGUCAAAAAUAUGGCACAAGAUAUACUGAAUCUGCAGAUUACGAAGUAGGUUCUCGUGUUUCUCUCGCUUCACAGUGGAUAACAGCAAUAUUCACAGUUGGCGUCAAUGGGACAGUAGUAUUAGUUAUGCUGCGUGCUUUAUUAUGGGAGCCUGGAAGCGGAGCUCCAAGAUCGAAACGGAUCCAUUGGAUAAUGGUGCUUAGUUUAUGCCUCAGUGAUUUUCUCAUUGGCUUACAAAUCUUGGCUGUGAUAAUUUCAGACGCUGUGAUGGCCGGGCAGUAUUGGAAAUAUGACAUAUACUGGAAAUCAAGUCAUUUUUGUCCCGCAAUGGGCACAUUUGUCAUCAUCGGUUCUCAGGCCAAUCUUUUAACUGUGUGGAUGAUUUCUGCUAUUCGACUUUAUGGCAUUGUGCGACCAUUUGAAGAAAUCAAAGUAAGGUAUAUCAUUCUUUUCGCCUCUCUCAUGUGGACAUUCGUCAUUGUAGUGAGUAUGAUACCUCUGUUAGUCAGUAUUUCGACGCUGGAAAAAUAUUUCACUCGAGCUGUUGCGCUUCCCACAUUUUCUCAGGUAGAUGCCACCGUGCUUGACAGGCAGAAUUUGGAAAACUUAAUAAGAAAAAUAGAUAUUUUAAAAGUUAGAUUCAAGGGUGGCAGUGCCAUUCAGUCCUUUGGUAUUAAGUCGAUGAAAUGGAGAGAUUUGGAAUCAUACGUUUUCAAAAUAAAUCCAAAACUCGGUAAUUGGAAAUAUUUUGGUAUAUAUUCCCAUACCAGUAUGUGUUAUCCACCUAUUCUUAUGUCGGCGAAUGACCAUGGAUGGAAAUACAGUCUUGGACUUCUGGUGAUUGAUUGUGCUUCAUACACCUUUGUUGUUGUUGCCUACCUUAUAUUAUGGAAAAAGUCAACUUCUGAAUUUACGGGUUGCAUUCAACCUUGUUCAUCUCGAACAAACACUUCAGAUCCAAUUCGACGGCUCACAAGUGGAGAGAUAACAGGCAGCGUGGCUCGUAUGCAUGAAGAUGCUACCAUGCGAAGACGAAUUUUUUUACUGGUAGCAACUGAUCUAGCAACAUGGGCUCCAAUUUGCAUGUUGAGUUUUGUGAACGUCAUUGCUCCUGACGCAAGGGUAAAAUCUGUGCAGUCUUUGGCAGUUUGUGUCAGCUUAGUGCAAUUUAAUUCCCUUAUCAAUCCAUUUCUUUAUUCGAAGACUGUGCGUAGGGUGGCAUACUCUCUAACAAUCUCGCCAUUUGUACACUUGUACAAAAGGUUUGUUAGAGCAAAAAUUCAAAGAUCGCAAAGCAGGCCUUUUCGCCAAGGUCAGGAUUUACUUUCGUAAUGGUGGGGAAAUUGCAAGCAAAUCGGAGCAUAUUUUCAAAUUAGGAAUAUUUAAGGUUAUUACAAAAAGUAGAUGAUUAUUAAAAGACUUAAAUAUUCUCCAUAAGCGUUACACACUUUCAGUACAUCUUUUUACUGUGAUACUCGUAACUGUGCUAUAGACUUACUGCAUAUUAAUUACAUACCUCAAUAUAGUAUUUUUAGACUUUAUGCUGCGACAAUGAUGCACGUUGAUUAAUAUGGCAUAUUUUAUUCAUUUAUUUAUUGUAGACUUCCUCGUAGGGAACUUGAAUACUUUUUUUUGAUCAGUUUUUUAAACUUGACGUAUUUUAAAUAAUGAGUAUAAUUAAAAACGCUUUAUUUAUUUAAUACAUUGAGUUAUACGGUUACUUAAGUGUUUUUCACGACAUGUUUCAUUUUAGCGUUGUCUCUGGUUCUCGAAAUACACAAAAAUUGUUACUUUA